CAUCCUCAUCAUCAUCAUCAUGCUCUGUCAAAAUACUUAAAUUCGACGUCGUUAUGGAGAAAUUGCUUAUAAGCCGAGUAAUAUCGCUAAAUCCCAAUGCGACGACAUCCUCCAGCGCAAUGUUAGAGCCCCCCUCCUCCUCUUGCCCCUCCUCCUCCUCCUCCUCCUCCACGACCUGCUCUUCUGCCAGGACAUGCCUGAAGGGAUGUCUAGAUGUGAAGCCUUCAGAUUUGCGUCGUUUUCCAGUUCAUGAUCCAAAUCGGUGCAAGCAUUGGCUACGAUAUUUUCGCAUCAGCGAUCAAUUGCUGACCAAACUUGGCGGUCUAAAAAAGCUGCGAAUCUGCCAUAGACAUUUUCACAAUCCACAAGCAACAGCAACAGCAGCAGCAGCAACAACAAUUGCAACUGCAACUAGACAGAGCCCGAACCAGAGGCAAAGCCAAAGCCAAAGCCAGGUUCAGGUCAUGGCCAGAACGCGCAUCAAAAUGACGCCGCUGCGUAAGACCAAGCAGCAGUGUAACAGCAACAAUGGAAAUGGAACAGCAACAAAUACAACAACAACAACAACAACACCAACAACAACAACAACAACAACCAUUAUCAAUGGAACAGGAACUGGGAAACCUUUAUUGGAUGAUGCCACAACCAUAGAACUAGUUGAGACCCCCAUUGAGGUUGUUGCCCAGCAAAAGCAUCAUCAUCAUCAGAUGUUAAAAAAGAAUUCCGUAACAACAACAAUAACACUACCAACAAUGGUAUCAGUUCCUCCGCCCCCACCACCAUUGCUAUUACCACCUCAGCGCUCGCAUUCGAUAUGUUCGUCUGCAUCCAGCGACGUUCAGUCAAUCAAUUCCGAUUGUGAGGCCACAUCCUUGGAGAAUUUAGAGAACGGACGAAAGCGUAAACUAUAUGUUAUUACAGAAAAAUAUGAUGAAACGACACCAACAAAUAAGAAUGCCGCAGAUCUAACAAAUGGCAAUGGUCUGAUCACAAAAAAACGUAAAAUGUUCGUUGUGGUCGAGCAGGAGAAAGACGGGCAAUCAAAGAAAUUAAUGAUUAUGACCGAUAAACAGCAAAACGGUGUUGGUGGUGGUCCAACAAAGAAUCUUAGCGAGAAAUUGGAGAAACUUUUACCCGAAUUACUUAAUUGCAUACAAACAAAAGAGCUGCAACAGCAGCAGCGCAAGGAGUUGUCGUCAUCGCCACCGCCGCCGCCGCCAGCAUCAUCGGCACAAGCAUCAAGCAAAUCUUCAUCGAUAAUUGCCAACAAAUCGCCGAUAACAUUGCCGCCUAAAAAGAAUCCCACCAAUUUUAUGAAAGUGGACAAAUCAUUGUCAUCAUCAUCAUCGAAUCAAACUGAAAUUACUGCACCGUCGCCACAUAGUGUAACUAUUCUACCAUCUCGAAAAGAUGAUCAAGUGAUGGCUUCAAAUGAUCUGGAAACCAAUAUCAAUUUAUCGCCAGAUUUUCGUUUCCUAAUGAAAAUAUUACCCAAAUUGGAGCAAUUACCAGAGCCUCAUAAGCAGGAUGUCAAGCGUUCCAUACAGAUUUUCGUGGAGAAAAGUUAUAGUAUCUAUGGCAAAAAGGACUAAAUAUAUAUAUAGGUAUAUAUUUCUCUAAGCGAUUCUAGUAUUCUCAUUACUUUAACUAUAUAUAAAGAGAGUAUAUAUUUUUGCCCAAUCAACUAACUUACUUAUGUGUGCAUAUCCAAUGUAUAAGUGAGUUCAAUGGAAAUAGAAAAGGCAUUUUUUAAUUUGUUAAUUAAGACUGAUGAAGCACCAAUUAAAUACCCUUAGGUUUUAAUAUUCGUAACUAAGAAUGUAUUCAACAAAAAAUUGGUUUUUUUUUUUUUUUAUAUAUUGCCCGAAAUGAAAAUAAAUGGGUAAUAUUUUCGAUAUUAGCCAUAUAUGAA